AGUUUCACUUGUCACCCAUCUGUCAAUAAAUGUAAACAAACAUUUACAUCAAUACAGACAAUAAAAUCGAUUUAAAAAAUCCUCUAAAUUUACAUACUUCCCUUAAAACAAACCGAAGAAAUGGGUUCGGAACACUCUAGUCAACUAAACCGUGACCCAAGCAAGAAAGAUCGAACGAAAUCCUCCCCAGGUGGAAUUAGACGGCAACACACAAUAGCGAAUCCAGGAGAACAAGCCUUGUCCCUAGAUCCUGGAGACAAUGGCAGGUCCAUAUCGCCCGGACCCAGUGUCUGUAGCGACAUAGACCUCCCUUACAUCAGUUACACCGUUAACAGACCUAUUGGCGACUCACCGAAACUGGCCAAUAAGCAACUGAUUAAAAGCAAAUGCACCACAACCAGACGCUCUCAAACCUCCAAACCUAAAGCGAGUAAAAACGCGCAUAACAUUGUAGUGGUCAGGGGUGGAAAUGAGAACAGUCACAACACAGAGAAAGACCCCGAUGUACUUCGGCUGCAAAGCAUCCCAAUGUUUUUGCCAAUAAUGCGAGCCACUUUAAGUUUACCUGCGGCCAGGGAUCCUGAGGUGUUAGAGAGACUCGACCCCACCCCGUUGAGAAACUUGUGCUUGCGAUAUCAGCACCAUUUAACUGUCGCUGCCAAUUUGGUGGCCACCGAUCAGAAUCAACUGACUCAAAGAGUGAGAGAGGUGGAUUCAGAUAUAACUAAGAUGGUUACGGUGGUUACGGACAGGCAAAAAAAGUAUGCCAAGUAUGCGGAUAAGCUGUCAAAAGUUUCCGAGCUGUCACAUCAGUUGAACAGGUGUCAUAUGCUGCUAAAUCAAAUAUUAGAGAGUAUGGAAACUUUGAAUAAUAAGUUGGAUAUCGAGGACCGGUUGGAGCCGUUUGUGUGGACGACCGGAUGAGAUUAGUGAUUUGUUAGGGUUAGGGGUUGGAUUGUUAAACUUCUUUUUUUUGUGGUAGAGUGGAGCGAAGAGGUUUGGCAAUUUGACAAAUUUUAGAUUUUUAAUUUAACUUGUAAGGCUGUAAAUAUUAAAUUAAAAUUGAGCUUAUCCUAAAUUGAAUAA